AUGGCCGACUACGCCAAGCUCCCGGCUGGCGCAACUCUCGCCGUCACGCCCUUCAAAGCCCACGUCGACGAGGAAAAGCUGCGGCACUUCAGAAAGCUGCUCGAGCUCUCGCCGAUAGCGCCGGCCGUCUUCGAAAACACCCACGCCGGAGACAGGUACGGCCUCAGGAGGGAGUGGCUGGAAACCGCCAAGGCCGUCUGGCUCGACGACUUUGACUGGCGCGAGCACGAAGACGGCAUCAACUCGUACCCCAACUUCAAGACGGCGGUCGGCGACGCGGCCGGCAACACCAUCGACGUCCACUUCCUCGCCCUCUUCUCCCGCAGGCCGGAUGCCGUCCCCGUGGCCCUGCUGCACGGCUGGCCCGGCUCCGCGUGCGACUUCCUCGACAUGCUGGACCUCGUGAGGCGGCGCUUCCCGCCAGAGGACCUGCCGUACCACGUCGUCGUGCCGUCGCUGCCGGGGUACGCCUACUCCUCCGGCCCGCCCGCGCACGUGGACUACGGGGUCGACAUGGCGGCCGGCGCCAUGCACAACCUCAUGGUCGGCCUGGGCUUUGCCUCGGGCUACCUCGUCCACGGCGGCGACCUGGGCAGCUUCGUGGCCAGGAUCAUGGCGCUGCAGUACCCCGAGUGCAGGGGGAUGCACGUCAGCAUGAUGGGCGUGCCGCCGCUGGACGAGAACCCCCCCCGGACCGACGACGAGAAGCAGGCGCUGCGGAAAGCCCUCGAGUUUCUCGACACGGCGCACGGGUUCGCGCUGCAGCAGGGGCAGCGGCCGGCAACCGUCGGACUGGCACUGAGCGCAAGUCCCUUGGCCCUGCUUGGCUGCUGGCCAGUGCUCCUGACGAGCCAAAGAUUGCAAGAAGGGGGGGGUGGGGGCACGCGUCCGACCGGCACUGACGACGUUGGCGGCCAGGUCUCGAAGCUCACGGCCCUGCAGCUUCCGUACGUCGCCAAGCCGUGCGGCUACUCCCUGUUUGCUCGUGAGAUCUUCCCCGUCCCCGAGACCUGGGCGCGUCUGAGCUGCAACCUCGUGUCCUUUAGCGAGCACCCGCGCGGCGGCCACUUUGCGGCCAUGGAGCAGCCCGGGGCACUGCUCGCCGAUGUGGAAGAGUACAUCCGGAAGGCGUGGCCGCGCCCAGACUAG